UUGGGUUGUCAUUCUCCAUUCGAUCCUACAUGACCCACAACUCGUUUGCAUUUCCAGCUGUCGCCAGCAGGGCAAUCUUGGUGUCCAUGACUUUGCCGCCGCUACGCCACAACGUUCCCGCCACGGCCGCCGUGGACACAAACAACCACAUGGAGCGUCUUCCUACCCUCAACGACGAACGCGCCACCCCACGAGUCAGUGCACUGACCCCACUCAAGGCCGCCGAUCGAUUACCUACCCAGUCGACGCUGAGUCCGUCGAAGGAUCAUGGCAAGGCGAUGUCACAGUCGGUGCAAGGGACGACGAUGACCAAGCUAUGGCAUCGAUGCAACAUGUGCCACAAAUCGUUCGAGCGCGAAGAGAGUUUGGCCGAGCAUUUGAGCCGUCACAAGAAUCAAAUGCGAAAGCGCCAGCAGCGGAUGCAGGAAGAUCAAGCCGCCGUGGAACGAGCAACCAAGGAGCGUCGGACACUAAACACUACGUGCGCCAAGACAUCGCCAGCAGUGCGCUUGAAGUUCAUUCUGUAAGCACAGGUAGAUUCUGCAUGUAAGUGUAUGUGUAGGUGAAAUAGGACGAGUGGUUGUGUGCAGUAGAUAGACAGUUGUACUGGGGUAGGUGUACAGUAGUAGGGUAGUAAGUGCUACCGUCAUAACUGUGACGAUGGCGUGUAAAUACAUGAACUGCACAAACGUAUGCAAAACAACAUGUUGGGUUACUCGCUGUUUCGUGGAAGCGUUUACAACUCGGCACCGACGCCGCGCUCGAUGGAGAUGGCUUCCAGCAUCACCGACAAGUUUUCCGUCUUCUUGAUCUUGUCCAUUAGCGCCUUCCACUUGGGGUUGGCGUCGGCAUCGCGGAUGCACGAGGCCGCGUCCACGGCACGCAGCGCGCUUCGAAUGACGUCGUUGAUGCGCUCGACUUCGCUGCCCACCUGCGUUUCCUUUGGGCGACGGUUCAAUGCCUUGUCCAGCACGACACAGAGCACGUCCAGGUUGCUCAGGACCGUACCGGGGGCGACCGUGGUCAACUUGGCCAAAAUCUGAUGCGACAGCAUCUGCACGUCGUCGUGGUCUUCCAGACCCUUGAGCAAGUACGGGGCGAACGCGUUCACGUCCACUUCGCCCGGCAGCGUGUCCAGCAACGUGUCGAAGCACCCGUACGCGCCUUUUCGAAGCACGAGCCCGUCGUCCACCUAGAAAAUUAUUUGGAAAUUAUUUGGAAAAAUGAAAAAGCCCUCUCCCGACCACAUCCAAGCGU